AUGGAAAUGGACAGAUCUAAGUGUGGGCCUGCAGUUCUUAAAAUAACACAGACCCUGAAGCCUAGCAGAGCUCAACUGGGCCAGUUUCUCAGCUUCUUCAGGCAGGGGAACAUCUCCUGGGCAUGCCCUGGACUCAGUGCUUCCCUGCUCCAUUGUUUCCCAGAUUACAUGGUUCUCCUGACUGACAAGUACGGCCCAGGCAACCGCCCGGAUGAUAUGAGAUCAAGACCGCACCAUCACCCCCAGACCAGUGACAGAGCUGUACUUGGGUGCCAGGGCCAGGAGGCCUUGGUGUGUAAGUGA